AUGGGGGCUUAUCUGUCGCAACCUAACACGACCAAGACCUCUUCCGAUGGCGGCAACGGCAACAUGAGCUACGGCUUCUCUGCCAUGCAGGGCUGGCGCGUGUCCAUGGAGGAUGCUCACAAUUGUAUCACAGAGUUUGAUGAGGAGACGGCCAUGUUUUCGGUGUAUGAUGGACACGGAGGUGAGGAGGUGGCUCUGUACUGCUCAAAGUACCUUCCUGACAUCAUCAAGGAGCAGAAGACAUAUAAAGAUGGCAAACUUCAAAAGGCUCUGGAGGAUGCCUUCUUGGCCAUCGACAGCAGAACCACCACGGAGGAGGUCAUUAAGGAGCUCGUACAGAUUGCUGGGCGUCCCACUGAGCCACCGCCUGCUGUAAAGGUGGCAGAGGAGGACGAUUUGGACACAGAGGAGGCCGCUCUCCUCCACGAGGAAGCCACAAUGACCAUAGAGGAGCUGCUGGUGCGCUACGGCCAGAACCUCAAUGCUGUCAAGCAUGCAGCUGCCAUCAGUGCGGCCGCUAAGAAAGCGUCCUGCGCGCAGCCCGAGGCCUCAGGAGACAAAGAGGAAGGUGAGAAAGGACAGAAGGAGGUGAUAAAUGGAGAGGUGGAGGAGAGCAAUGGGAAGGCGAAGAAAGUUGAAGGAGCGGCAUGUGGGUCGAAGCUGCGAGCCUGUCGGAGAACAGGAGGUGAAGGCAGCGGUCCAGCCGCUGACUCUGGAGGUUCAGGAAGCUCCAAUGGAGAAGAAAAGGCUGGUAAGGCCGAGGGAGACGCAGGUCCUUCCUGCUCCUCUUUGUCCACUAAGGAUGCCGGAGAGUCCAAGUCCAGGUUUUUUGACGACAGCGAGGAGUCUGAGGAGGGAGAAGAGGGGGAGGGCAGUGAUGAAGAGGCUGGCAGUGAAGAGGAAGAGGGUGACAGCAGUGAGAUGGAGGAAGAGGAGGAUUCAGAUGAGGGAGACUCUGAAGAUGAAGAGGAAGAGGAAAUGUGCCUACCUGGAAUGGAUGGCAAGGAGGAGCCCGGCUCAGACAGCGGCACCACAGCUGUCGUGGCUCUGAUCCGAGGAAAACAGCUGAUCGUGGCCAACGCUGGAGACUCUCGCUGCGUGGUGUCCGAGCGCGGCAAAGCUGUCGACAUGUCGUACGACCACAAGCCAGAGGACGAGGUGGAACUCGCUCGCAUCAAAAAUGCUGGAGGGAAAGUGACCAUGGACGGACGGGUCAACGGCGGACUUAACCUCUCCAGAGCUAUUGGCGAUCACUUCUACAAGAGGAACAGGGCUCUGCCUCCAGAGGAGCAGAUGAUCUCUGCGAUGCCAGACGUCAAAGUUCUGACGCUUAACGGGGACCACGAUUUCAUGGUCAUUGCCUGCGACGGCAUCUGGAAUGUGUUGAGCAGUCAGGAGGUGGUGGACUUCAUCAGCAAGAGGAUCAAACCAGACAAGAGCGGCAAAGUCAGAGCCCUCUCAUCCAUCGUGGAAGAGCUGUUGGACCACUGUUUGGCCCCCGACACAUCUGGAGACGGGACAGGAUGUGACAACAUGACCUGCAUCAUCAUCACCCUCCGGCCACACCCAUCCCCUGCUCAGCCAGACGACACGAAGAAGAGGAAGAACCAGGGGGAGGCAGAAGGAGCCGAGGCGGGGGAGAGCGGAAACAAAGGCAAAAAGGCUAAAAGCGACUAAAGGCAAAGAGAAACUGUCCCUGAGGGAGCAGCUGGUCCUAGGCUACCCAGAUACACCAGAGACACGUUCUGUUUAAUCCUUACCUCACAAAUAUGAAUUCACCCUAAAACAGAUAUUACGAUUGCUAUACGUAAGAUCAGCUGAACUAAGAUCGUCAGUAUAGUUUUUUUUUUGUCCUCUGUUUCAAGCCGAUUCUCUUUAACACCCCCUCCAGUUUCUUUGUUUUUGCUCUCGCUGGAAAGAAGCUGGACAUGCAUUUACUUCUUUAAAAAAAAAUUACAUAAUGACUCGCAGGCAUGUUGAAUAGCACAUCAUUUUCCAAGUAUUUGUAACUAGAAGGAAGAUGCUGAACGAACCAGUCUACCAGACAUUCACUGCACUCUGUUGUUGUUAAGAUCUUUUUCCACACAUGGCGGUUUCACCAUUUAGUUUUAGUGGAAGUUUGAGCAUAGCUCUCGUAGUGACCCGCGUCUGAUUGCCGUUCACGUUCGACAGUGUGACGCAUGCAUUUUCAUUGCAGUUUUGCAACAUGUAACCGCACAAAGUCCUCUGUAUGUUGUGUUCAAAUUACAAGGCAUUCAUUGUAUCUCAAAGUGCCAUAAAAGACACAAAUUCCUUUUUUUAUAGCCACCCCAUCACAUCCUCAAAUUUACUCAACCCAGAGAAGGGACCCGAAAUGGCUGCAGAUAGAUUUGCAAUGUAUGAAGGUAACGGUAGAAAAAGUGAUUGAAUGAGAGGAUAUUAUUGUAUUUUGUAGCCCAAAUUGAAGAUUAAAAUUGCAGCAAGAGUGCGCUUGUUAGUCCAGCGUGGCAUUGAAUGUGUUGUUUCAGUGAGCGAGAGGGACAGAAGGAUUAACAGUACUAGUCCAGUUGCUCUCGUUUCCAUUUUAUAUGUUUCCCCCUUAUUAGCACCCAUUCACAAGUGAGGAUCAUUUUUUUCAGUCUUGCUGGUUACACAACAAUACAUCACCGUCAUCAGCCUUCUCCCUCCCCCCCAUUCCUGCUUUCUGUCUAACAAAAUCUGUAAAUUUCCAUCGACACGAUGCCAGGGUUUUGUGAGCUUGUGUACUUUUCAUCUGUGGGAUCUGAGAGCAGGGAAACGGGCAGAGACAUGAAAGGCUGUUUGCCUUUCAUGUCUGUGUGUCCGUCCAGAGCACGGUGGUGAUUGAAGCCCUGGACCGGCCCUCCACACAAAGCUCGUCUCCAGGACUUUCCCUACUCUCCCCGUUUGUCCUGUUUCUAUUGUAACACCUUUUUAAGAUCUUCUUUAGAACAUGUGUUUUAAGUAAAACGUAUUUCCACUCAAAUGUUUUUUUUUGUUUUUUUUUUGAUGAAUCAGUUAUUGGCAGUUCAUUUUUGUGAGCACACCCUGAAAACGCCCUGACGCUGAACUGUAGAAGAUGCACAAGGUUACUCUUUGAGUGGAAAUACAAUUUGAACUUCAGAGCACUAAGACAGUGUUGCUGUUGAGAGUAAUUGUCUUUAUUUGCAGAAGCCUCAUUAAAACCAUUGUGUGACUGUACGUUUGUUUCUAGUGUACUAUCUUGUCACCAUGCCCUUUUUUUUUCUGUACAUAAUUUUUUCAAUACUUGUAAUUGAAGAAAAAGAAAAUGCCUUUUCUUCGUAAUUGUGAGUCAAUGUGACAUUUUUGGUGCAUACUCUUUUGACACCAGUAUGUAAGUACAUACAAAUACAUUUUUUUAAAUAAUGAGAA